AACCGCAUUGUUGUUUUCUGCUACGACCGGAUCGGCCGCGUGUGUUUCAUCAGUUUAAUUUUUCUGAAAAUUUCAUUGAAAUUCGAUCAAUUUAAGGUGAAGUUUAGUGUUAGAAUGCACUAGCAGUGCAUGGUGUUUUAUUUGCGCUAGGAAUAACACAAGUACGCGUCUUCAUGCAAGCAAAAAUGGGCCUCGGCGAGAAGCCCUGGGAAGCGGAUGGGAAGAACUACAAAAAAGUUCAAAAGUCUCUGGAGGACAAAUGGAAGCUGGUUCCGGCGUUCCUGCAGAUCAAGGGUCUGGUUAAGCAGCAUAUCGAUUCGUUCAACUACUUCAUCAAUGUGGACAUCAAGAACAUUGUCCGGGCGAACGACGAGGUGAAGAGCGAUGCCGAUCCGUGCUUCUAUCUGAAGUACUUGAACGUGAGCAUCGGGAUGCCGGAUGUGGAGGAGGGGUUUAAUAAUACUAAGUCAACCACCCCGCACGAGUGUCGACUACGGGACAUGACCUAUGCGGCUCCGAUCACCGUGGACAUUGAGUAUACCAGGGGAACGCAGCGGGUGGUUCGUAACAAUCUGCUGAUCGGGCGGAUGCCGAUUAUGCUGCGGUCGUCCAAUUGCGUGCUGACCGGGAAAUCCGAGUACGAACUGUCCCAGGUCGACGAAUGUCCGAUGGAUCCGGGCGGUUAUUUCGUCAUCCGUGGAACGGAGAAAGUCAUCCUCAUCCAGGAGCAGGUUUCCUGGAACAAGAUGAUAACGGAGGACUACAACAACGUGAUCCAGUGUCAAGUGACCAGUUCGACGCACGAGAAAAAGUCCCGAACGAUCCUGCUGUCCAAGCACGGCAAGUACUACCUGAAGCACAAUUCCAUGACGGAGGAAAUUCCGGUGGCCAUCAUCUUCAAGGCGAUGGGAAUCGCAUCCGAUCAGGAGAUCAUGCAGCUGGUGGGUAUUGAUACUGAAACGCAGAAACGAUUUGCUCCCUCGCUGCUGGAGGCGGCCAACCACAAGGUUUACACCCAACAGCGGGCCCUGGAGUAUAUGGGUUCUAAGCUGAUUGCGAAAAGGUUUACCACGGCGGCCACCAAGUACAAGACAACGGCCGAUGAGGCGCGAGAUCUGCUGGCCACGACUAUUUUGGCGCACGUUCCGGUGCCGAAUUUCAACUUUCAGGUCAAAGCCAUCUACGUGGCGCUGAUGAUCCGCCGCGUCAUGGCCGCCGAAGUGGACAAAUCGGCCGUGGACGAUCGCGACUAUUACGGCAACAAACGGCUGGAACUGGCCGGUUCGUUGCUCUCGCUCAUGUUCGAAGAUCUGUUCAAGCGCUUCAACUGGGAACUGAAGAUGAUCGCCGACAAGAACAUCCCGAAGAUCAAGGCGGCCCAGUUCGACGUGGUGAAGCACAUGCGGGCGGCGUUGAUCUCCACCGGGCUGGAGACGGCCAUUUCCACCGGUAAUUGGACCAUCAAGCGGUUCAAGAUGGAACGGGCCGGGGUGACGCAGGUUCUUUCGAGGUUGAGCUACAUAUCGGCGCUGGGAAUGAUGACCAGGGUGAACUCGCAGUUUGAGAAGACACGGAAGGUUUCCGGUCCGCGAUCGCUACAGCCCAGUCAGUGGGGUAUGCUUUGUCCUUCGGAUACACCGGAAGGAGAAGCUUGCGGGUUGGUGAAGAAUCUGGCGUUGAUGACCCAUAUCACGACUGAGGUGGAUGAAGAACCGGUGAUUCGGCUGGCUUACAAUUCAGGGGUAGAGGACAUUCGUUUACUGGGAGGCGAGACCAUCAAUAAUCCGAAGGUUUUCAUGGUGUUCAUCAACGGUAAUAUAUUGGGAGUGACGAUCGGAUACAAACGGCUGGUUGAAGUAUUCCGCAUGAUGAGAAGAAAGGGUCUGAUCGGAUCGUUUGUAUCGAUUCACACAUCUUUCACGCAGCGAUGCGUUUAUAUUCACACGGAUGGUGGUCGCCUUUGUCGACCGUACAUAAUUGUCCAAAAUGGAAGGCCUCUGGUUCAGCAGGAGCACAUCGAACAGCUGAAGAUCGGAUUGCGGAAGUUCGACGACUUCCUGCAUGAUGGCUUGAUCGAAUAUCUGGAUGUAAAUGAGGAAAACGACUCAUUCAUAGCAUACCAGGAGACAGAUAUUGAUCCGGAGAAGACAACUCACUUGGAAGUGGAACCAUUCACUUUACUGGGAGUUUGUGCUGGAUUGGUUCCGUAUCCCCAUCAUAAUCAGAGUCCUCGUAAUACCUAUCAAUGUGCUAUGGGUAAACAAGCUAUGGGAAUCAUCGGAUACAAUCAGAAGAACCGGAUCGACACCCUUAUGUACAACAUCGUUUACCCGCAGACUCCGAUGGUACGAUCAAGAACGAUUGAGCUGACCAACUUCGACAAGCUUCCGGCAGGCCAGAACGCCACCGUUGCAGUCAUGAGUUAUUCCGGCUAUGAUAUCGAAGAUGCCCUGAUCCUCAACAAAGCUUCCAUCGAUCGCGGCUACGGUCGCUGUCUCGUCUACAAGAACAGCAAAUGUACGAUCAAGCGUUAUAGCAACCAAACCUUCGACCGUAUCAUGGGCCCCAUGAAAGACUCCCUUACCAACAAGAUCAUCUUCAAGCACGAAUGUCUCGACACCGACGGAAUCAUAUCCCCCGGGGAAAAAGUCCUCUCCAAGCAGACCAUGGUCAACAAGGAGAUGCCCGCCGUCAAAUCUACCAAUCCCAUCGAGCAGAAGGAAGCCGGCCAACAGCCGAUCACGUACAGUCCGGUCCCGAUCACCUACAAGGGCACCGAACCCAGCUACAUCGAGAAGGUCAUGGUGUCGACCAACAACGAGGAGGAGUUCCUGGUCAAGAUCCUGUUGCGGCAAACUCGUCGGCCGGAGAUUGGGGACAAAUUCAGUUCUCGGCACGGUCAAAAAGGUGUAACCGGGCUGAUCGUCGAGCAGGAAGAUCUUCCCUUCAACGAUUAUGGAAUGUCGCCGGAUAUGGUCAUGAAUCCUCAUGGUUUUCCCUCGCGUAUGACGGUCGGCAAAACGCUGGAACUCCUUGGUAGUAAGGCAGGCGUUUUGGAAGGAAAGUUCCACUACGGCACCGCUUUCGGUGGAUCCAAAUGUCAAGACCUUCAGGAUGAACUGUUCCGCAAUGGAUUCAACUUCCUCGGAAAGGACAUUUUCUACUCGGGAAUAACCGGCGAACCACUGGAGAUGUACAUCUACUCCGGCCCGGUCUACUACCAAAAACUGAAGCACAUGGUCCAAGAUAAGAUGCAUGCCCGAGCGCGUGGCCCACGUGCGGUUCUGACUCGGCAACCGACACAAGGUCGUAGUCGAGAAGGUGGUCUUCGUCUCGGCGAGAUGGAACGGGAUUGUUUGAUUUCCUACGGAGCUUCCAUGCUGAUCAUGGAAAGACUGAUGAUUUCGUCCGAUGCGUUCGAUGUGGACGUCUGUAACGUGUGCGGACGGUUGGCAUACUCGUCCUGGUGCCACAACUGUCGGUCUUCGGCCAGUGUGUCGAAGAUUUCCAUGCCCUACGCCUGUAAGUUGCUGUUCCAGGAACUGACCAGCAUGAACAUCGUUCCACGGUUGAAGUUGAAGAAUUAUUAGGGUAAGUUUUUGAUAGUUAUACUUAUUUUUGCUUUGUUCGUUCACCAAAAUAAGAUGAAUUAUAAUAAUAAUAA